UGGAACUACCAGUCUUUUUAUUACCAAAACUUUAAAUGUAUUCGACGCUUCGACUGGAGGAAUAUCCUGCCUGCAAAAACUCCCGCCUCAUUGGGAUUCUUUUUAAUUUAAUUGUCCAUUAAUUCGCGGAGAAGUAGGCAAAGUAUCAGCUGGUGGCGCGAUUCUAAAAUUAGCCAGGUACCUCGAUCCUAAUCGGAAUACCCUACCUCUACCUAUCCGCGAUACAAUACGCCACAAUGGGCAUACCGUACUCCAAGCAGAUCAAUGCGGCUUUUGACCAAGUAACACCGCUGGUGGGCGAGGGCUACAAAGUGCUGGAGACCAUCAAGAACAUCUCGGUCCUGCUGUCGUGGAUCCAGGUGCUCACGGUCGUGCUGCUGGGGUCAAUCGCGGGGUUGCUGUUGGCCCUCCUCGUCACGACAAACCCGGACCUGGAUCACGAACGGCGCCAACUCGUCACCCCCGUCGUGCGCUGGCUUUGCGCCCGCGUCCUCGCCCAUUUCGACUUUGUCGCCCGCCAUCCCUGGGUUGCCGUGUGCGGCUACCUCUCCGUCGUGGUCGGGGUUCUGUUUGUCGCCUUUUGCUUUAUCGAAUGGAUCGAUCCGCAUUUUGAGCUGCGAGGAGGUGGCCGAAGCGAGGGCAAGAAUGGAGGGGAAAAGGCCGAGGACGGGAAUGAGGGAGGGUGCAGCGACGACAGCCGGCCCUCGUCCAGAAAAGGAUCAAAUGAAUGCGACAGCAAGGAGUAGUUAGGUGUUAGUUGAAACAUUCACGAGGAGCGACGUGCCUUAUUUGGACAUGCGCGCGGAACAAAAGAAAGCUGUUUAGGACAGUACCUCAUUCCCUUU